ACAGCAUCUUUGUCUCACUCUUCUUACCAAACACUUAAACAAGCAAAAGGAAUCGUUUUUUUUUCUUGUAACUUUUGUUUUUCACAAUUCCAUAAUUUAUCCUUUAUAAAAAGUGACUCUUGUGAGUCUCAACAUUUACAGCAAUAGACUCAGCAUUUUAAUUUACAACAUUCACCAAUGGAAAACUCAAACAUUGAUUCAGAAGUUUUCUCUUGGUUUCAGAACCAGAACCAAAACCAUUGCCUUAAAUUUCAUUCUUCUUGCUUUCCUCCGACCUCUCAAUCUGCUCUUUAUGGAUCUAGCUCAAUGAGCAACACGGAGACCAACACUGUGGACGAAGAAGACGUCUGUGAGAGCAACAAGAUGCGUGAGACAACCAAGAAACGGAAGCUGACACCAAUCCAAUUGUGUUUACUAGAGGAGAGUUUCGAAGAAGAUAAACGACUCGAACCAGACAGGAAACUCUGGCUGGCCGAGAAGCUGGGUUUGCAGCCGACCCAAGUCGCUGUAUGGUUCCAGAACAGAAGGGCUAGGUUCAAGACAAGACAGCUAGAGCUCGACUGCGACUCUCUUAAGGCUAGCUAUGCUAAGCUCAAGACUGAUAGGGACAUUCUCUUUCGACAAAACCAAGCCCUCGAGAACAAGGUUGCUCUUCUCAAAGAGAAGCUGCAAUUCCAAGAGAAACUCGAAACUCAGUCUAUGGAAGCCGAGAAGCUUGGGGAAGAAGGUAGCUCGGUGAAAAGCGAUAAUACGCAGUACACUGAAGAAGAAGAAGGCUUGGGAAGUAAUCAAUACAGCUUCCCGGAGCUUGCAGCUCUCGGAUUCUACUAUGACCCAACAAUGAGUGCUUCAAAUCUAGGGUUGUGAGCUUGUAACACUCUAGGUCUACAUCCCGUGUGGCCCAAGAUAACUUAUCUGCUUCUUUCUUUUUCUUAGGGUUCAUAUUGAGGCGAAAUAAACGUUGAAUAUUUUCAUGGUUGGUAAUAAAAAAUUUAUGAAUAAAGAUAUUAAUUUUCUUGCAA